UAAAGAGCAAAGUUGCCUCUGGAAACAAGCCCUCACUGGAGGCUCUGGCAUUUGAAAUGGUGGGCAGGAGCACAUGUUGCUUAAAUUUCUGACAGUGGCUGGAGAUUACAGAUUGGUUAGGGGAGAGGAAGUAAAGUAAAAUAUUUAUAAAUUCUCCACUGGGUGGAGUCUGAGCAGUUCUUUGAAUUUCUCACCCUAAGAUCUGGCCUGUACAUUUUCAAGGAAUUCUUGAGAGGUCCUUGGAGAGAUUCUGGGAGCCAAACACUCCGUUGGGAUCCUAGCUGUUUUAGAGAACAACUUGUAAUGGAGCCUUCAUCUCUUGAGCUGCCGGCUGACACAGUGCAGCGCAUUGCGGCUGAACUCAAAUGCCACCCAACGGAUGAGAGGGUGGCUCUCCACCUAGAUGAGGAAGAUAAGCUGAGGCACUUCAGGGAGUGCUUUUAUAUUCCCAAAAUACAGGAUCUGCCUCCAGUUGAUUUAUCAUUAGUGAAUAAAGAUGAAAAUGCCAUCUAUUUCUUGGGAAAUUCUCUUGGCCUUCAACCAAAAAUGGUUAAAACAUAUCUUGAAGAAGAACUAGAUAAGUGGGCCAAAAUAGCAGCCUAUGGUCAUGAAGUGGGGAAGCGUCCUUGGAUUACAGGAGAUGAAAGUAUUGUAGGCCUUAUGAAGGACAUUGUAGGAGCCAAUGAGAAAGAAAUAGCCCUAAUGAAUGCUUUGACUGUAAAUUUACAUCUUCUAAUGUUAUCAUUUUUUAAGCCUACGCCAAAACGAUAUAAAAUUCUUCUAGAAGCCAAAGCCUUCCCUUCUGAUCAUUAUGCUAUUGAGUCACAACUACAACUUCACGGACUUAACAUUGAAGAAAGUAUGCGGAUGAUAAAGCCAAGAGAGGGGGAAGAAACCUUAAGAAUAGAGGAUAUCCUUGAAGUAAUUGAGAAGGAAGGAGACUCAAUUGCAGUGAUCCUGUUCAGUGGGGUGCAUUUUUACACUGGACAGCACUUUAAUAUUCCUGCCAUCACAAAAGCUGGACAAGCGAAGGGUUGUUAUGUUGGCUUUGAUCUAGCACAUGCAGUUGGAAAUGUUGAACUCUACUUACAUGACUGGGGAGUUGAUUUUGCCUGCUGGUGUUCCUACAAGUAUUUAAAUGCAGGAGCAGGAGGAAUUGCUGGUGCCUUCAUUCAUGAAAAGCAUGCCCAUACGAUUAAACCUGCGAGAUCGGAGCUCUUUAAUUAGGAAUGGAAUGCAACAGAUUUGGACAAGUCAAGAACAAGGUAUUUUCCAAUCAUCACUUCAUUGUCCCUGAUAGGAAAAGAAAUGUUUUGCUGAAACUUAACUUUGUGUCCCUUAGUGUAUUUUACUUUUUUAUUCACCUGAAAAUCAAAUACCACCUGUGAGAAGAGUGAUAAACAAAGAAAAGACCCAAAAGCCUACAAUAUCACGCUGCUCAAAUAAGUGUAAUUGUUCAGAUGUUACAACAAUGUUCCAUACAUAAAAUAUUGUGAAGAUGGGGAGAGGAAGUUUUCUUGUGAAUAAUAUUUAUAGUUCCAAGGUCAAAUCCAGUUUAAACUUUGAGUAAACUUUAGAGUCUGUAUGACUACUGACUCUAUUUGCCAAUUAAUAAUUAUACUUCAGUUGUUAGUAUUCCAAGAUUAGCUGGUUUAACUAUGUUUAAUAAGCCUUCUGUCAUCUUACUUUUCUGUUCUCUUAGAGCUUUAGAGAGACCAAAGAGUUUUUCACUGUUAAAGUGUUCAGUAUGUAGCCGAGAACCAUAUGGAGAACAUCAAAUACAGUGGAACAAAUGUAACUGCUAUUGAUGUCACACUUUGUGAAGUAGUCUUUGUUGCUUAAAAAGGGUGACAUCUACUGGCCAAACAUGUUAUUUCAAAUAAAUAAUAUCGAAAUAACAUUUCUUUUCAUGGUCCACUCAUUCACUCUUUAACAAGUAUUUUGAAGUAUAUAUGUUUGAAUUGUGUGUCCUUCUUUUUGACAAUUUGACUAUAUGUUGAUAGUGCAAUAAUUGUGCAGUUUAAGCCUUCAAUAAAGAGGUAGAAUGUGAUGAAAAUUGGAAGGAAACCUGAGGGGGCAUUCUUAGUGCUUGGUUAAACAGAAAGCUUAACAGUUCAUAAAGGCUGGUCUAAGAAAGGAAUUAUAAGCAUGGGUGACCCACCUUGUGUAGAGAGUGUAUCCCCAGAUAUAUAACAUUGCAUUUUAGAAGUCUAAUAUUUGGUAUAUAAUUUUUGAAAUAGUCCUU